GGUCUGCUGGUUAGUGAGCUGGGAUUGUUGCCAAAACUUUAUAGCAUUUUGUGCAUUGCUAGACACCGUACAACAACCAUUCAAUACAAAAGUGACACUCCCAUCGUAGUGCCAAUCGUUCGUCGUAACAACCACCAAAAUAAAAACUAUACACGAAGAAAAGACCAUGGCCAGCAGUGCCAGACGGAAAGUCGCCGCCAGGUUACGUGUUACCGUGGCCAUCGCGUUCUUCCUUGCAGCUCAACUUGCAACAAAUGUGCAAGCGAGCGAAGAUGAAUUACCGGUCGUCAGUUACAUCAAUCGUGAAGCGUCAGGAAAGAAAAUUUUGCCCGAUUUUACAUCGAUCCAGCUCGGCGAAAGUGUUCCCGAACAAUACCGUGCAGCGGCAAACAGAUUCGCACGACUGUGGAAGGAACAUGUGACCGGAAUCAAAGGAUACGACGCGGUUAAAGAUGUUCCAUUUACAUUAAUAGUACCGGAUAAAAUAGACGAGACAGUUUUCGGUGGAAAUGAACCAAAAAUACGAGAAUUCCUGCUUGAGCACGUUGUUCCUGGUGCACUGGUAGAGGUGAAAGAUCAAAACACUUAUCUCAAUCUAAACCAGCAUCCUGUGCAUGUGAAUCUGUCCUGCUUCGAUAUGCUGAUGGCGUAUGAAAUUAACCAAAGCGCUAAGGUACUCACCAAGCGCAACAUUACCGAGCAUCUCAGUUUGGUGUUCAUAGUUGGCAACUUGACGGAAUCGGACAUUCAGAGUUCGUCCUCAAAUAAAUUCAACAAACGAAAUAUCCAAGAGACAAACCGCUACAACGAACCACAGAGGCUGGAAAUGAAAAAUGCCACCAAGGAACUUGCGUCAAGCAAAGAAAACAAAAUUGGACAACAUUUGAUGAACUUUCUGGCUGGCAUGAAAUCGGGAACCAAGGUCUUCCAGCACUUUCUCUCCAGUUCCAACCUGAGCAACCUGAUGGACGACAGCUCGUACAUGGUUUUCAUACCAUCGGAUACGGCCUUCCAACGGUGGCAUCCCAUCGACUGGGGCUUCUAUCCGUUCAGUGUGCAAGAGUUUACGGAAAUGGUGCUACGUAAUCACUUCGUUCGUACCAAGCAACCAUUGCGCAUGGCGGAUCUUCGGGUGAUUCACGGUGAUCAGCGCUAUAAAACCCUUGGUGGAGAGUAUAUUGUACUUAAGAACAAACCUUCUCCCAAUGUGAACAAUGUUACCAUAGUAUCCGAUUAUACCCUCUCGAAUGGUAUCGAAGUUUUCAUACUAUCCGAAGUGCUCUUCGUUUCGGAAGCGGUGGUCUCACGCUUGCAUCAGAUGCAUAAGGAUAAAGAAACACCGCCCCUGUUGGCUUUCCCUUGGUUUGGAGCUCAGUUUCUGUCCCACUCAUUCCUAGCCCUGGAGCGUGACACACGGUUCACACAAAUCACCCGGUUUCUCAAUACGGCAGAAAUCGCACAGUUCAUUUCUGGCUCCAAUUACACCUUCUUCGUACCAACUGACGAGGCGUUUGAACGCUACAGUUUAGAUUUGCUACCGGACAGUGUGCUCGCCUCCGAGAAGGGCAUCAAAAUGCUGCUGAACCAUUUCAUUCGGGGCAGAUUGUAUGAUCGCGAUCUAAAAGAUGGAGAGCUGAUUGACACGAUUGGUGGUAUGCCCGUCAAAAUUCAACGAUCGUUUGAAAACACUGUUCGGGUUAAUACUGCACGCAUUGUGGAGUCGGAAGUGUUUGUGUACAACCUGGGCACAAUGUUCUACAUCGACGAUGUACUCUAUCCCGAUUUACUGAAGGAUGAAGUUAAGGCAAUUACAGAUCUGAAGAACGUGGAUAAAAAUGUUCCGGACAAUAUCGGGGCAAGCGAUGCUUAUACAACCGAACAAAACCCACCAGUGACCGAUCGACCGACAACCACCACCUUUCGAUCGCUAUACGGUCUGCUCACCACCAAUGCCGACGUUGAGCUAGUGCCGUUGGAAGUUACUGAAUCGAGCAAACGCAACAGCGACGAGGACAGCUCUCAGUUUCAGGAUGAUGAAAUCAUUACGCCUAAAGCGCUUCCUUUGAGAUACUUCUACAACCCGAAGAAGUAGAUAUCAUACAUAUCAUACAUUCACCCAUUAUUCAUCGAUUUGUGCACUCCCGUGACACAAGGUUUUAUGUCCCGCGAGUAAUGUUAUCUUUCCUCACGCAGUGUACAAUCUGCUGUAAGCAAAUACUAUUUAGUAGACGGACGACAAAGCUGUCCCGCUAAUUGGAAUGUUUGCUACAUUCGUUUUAAGUUUCCUUAGAAAUUCUCUGUGCGUUCUGUGUUUUUCUGCAGUUCAUACUCCAUACGCAAGCAAAUAGAAGCCUAUUAGUGGUGUUAGUAUUUGAACUUUAAGCGGUGAAGAAAAGUCAUUGAAUUUGAUCAUUACUACAGUAAGCACACUUGAACGAUAAUUAGCAGUGACAGUUGCAAAGCUAAAACUUUAAUGAACAAUAGUGUAGAAUAUAUUAUCAAAAAACUAUCAGCUAACAGUAUCGGUUACUAAUCUGUAGAUCGUUCUGUAAAGUAAUCCAAGAAGUUAGGUUCAAAAGGCCUAUCGGUGGCAACCCUGAAGCAUGGGGAACAGGUAUGAUAAUAUGAAAUAGAGUAGAAAUGAACAAUAAUCUGCUCGCCAGAUAGAUGAAGCCUUUUUUAGUAACGAGGCAGUAAACUGCUCAUUCAAUAAACAGUGCUAUUCCAGUGCUUGCAACAUUUCAACAACUGUAAAUUGAACAGCAGACCCGCAUCAUAUUGCAUCGUUAAAUCGUGCCAGGAGAUCAGAAUUUCCGUGAACUUCACAUUCAGCUAGGUACUAGAAACAGGCAUCUCAUUAAGUUAAGUGCAAUAAUAAUGCAUUGUAUCUUCUUCUGUAACAACGUUUUUCUCUAUUUAUUCUAUUUAUUUCUGUACAAUUUGAAUUCUUCGUUUCAUGUUCGAGAUGGAUUUGUUCGGCACCUUUCUCUGGUAUCAUUUUCACACUGUGAUUCUAAACAACCAUUUUAGUGGAUUGCAUGAAAUAACCUUUUUCUCGUUUAACAUCAAAAACAUAUCAAAAGCUAAGUUACGGAAUAUCAAUUACCAUUAAGACGCAUCAUCAUAAUAUGAUGUGUGUUGUUAUUAACAAAUUUGGGAAACAACUCAAAUAUAUCAGUAAACUUUCGUUACUUUGUACGUUUUUUAAACAUUGGCAAGAAGAAAUCAAUAAACACUUCAUAAAAAUAAUUAUUAAUGGCAUUUUACUCUCAAGAAAAGAAGGCAUUUGCAUUGUUUAGUAGCGCAUUACUUUUUCAAAAAUUGUUAUUUGGGGUCAUACCCAUUUUUUCGGACCCAAUGCUCACUGGUAAAGCUUUUGAUCUACCAUUUGGAAUGUUUAGAAGCUGUUAAGAUCAAUGACAUCAAAGAACAAACCGUUAAAGACUUAUGACACUGGUCAGUUUAGGAUUGGCAAUUUAAUACAAUAGCAUCGAAGCUACUACCGGAAGAGCAGAUGGCAGACCCAUCCCUUCAAGAAGUUAUGCACUAUCAAUGGCUACUACAAUGGCAUAUGACCAGCACAAAAUCCCAUCAGGACUACUUUCCCAUGACUGAUUCCGAAGUCUCUGAUCCGUGGACGGACUAUCCAGCUACGUUAUGAAAUAAAUAAAAUCAAGAAAAGCCAGAAAUGGCAGGCAUAGACCUAUGAAAGUUGUAGUGCCACU